AUGAUACCUGUUGAUCCUCGAAGAGUUCCCAAGCUGGCCGAGAUGCCUUACGGGUAUCGUCAUCUUGGGUAUUGCCAAGCGUUGCUUGGUCACACCGUUCUCCGUGACCUGCCUGAAGCCAAAGGUGAAGAGUCAGACCGCCUGUAUCUGUCUCACAUCGCUUGGCUAGAAGGGAAAGGAAAGGAUGAGUUGGAUAGAAUGUUGAAAAUCAAACGCGCAUGA